CAUGCGCAGACCGCGCGCGACAACAAAAUAAGAUGGCCGUGCAACGAAACAAAUAGAGCGCCGUCGUAAAUAACAAACCGUCCUGGCACGCUUGAAACGAGGGUUUUUUUUCGUGUAAAACUGGACGGCUUAGGGCACGCGGGUGUUAAUUCUCUCAGUGUUUAUCUCUAUUUCGUUAAGAAUCGGGUUAUUGGUGCGUGGCUUUUAAUAGUCUUUUAAGAAGGAAAUUAGGCGCGUGGAGCGUUCUAAGGUCGGCCUCGUUGAAUGCGUCACGCGCGUACACGAGGAUACGUACGUGCGUGCAUGCGUGCGUGCGUACGUCCUUCGACACGUAAUUCUUCAAACUAAAGAAUACAAAAAGUUUAAACGAAACUCGUUAAUCGUCAUCGCCAGGAUGCAAACGCAUGGGGAGGGCAAGCGUCAUUCCCGUCGCCGUCCACGGUUCGCCUAGCUCCUCAUGCUAGUAUCCUCUUCCGAAUUGCCUGUAGCACAGCAUGAAGGAGAUGCUUGGAGGGUGCUGUGUGUGUUCUGACGAGAGGGGUUGGACAGAGAAUCCGCUGGUGUAUUGCGAUGGACAGGGCUGUACUGUCGCUGUACACCAAGCGUGCUACGGUAUUGUUACAGUACCAACGGGACCUUGGUAUUGUAGAAAAUGUGAAUCGCAAGAACGUAGCGCACGAGUGCGCUGUGAAUUAUGCCCGAGCAAAGAUGGAGCGCUCAAAAGGACGGAUCAAGCUGGUUGGGCUCACGUUGUCUGCGCUCUUUAUAUCCCAGAAGUGCGUUUUGGCAACGUUACUACAAUGGAACCCAUUAUAUUACAACUUAUACCUUCGGAAAGAUUUAGUAAAUCUUGUUAUAUUUGUGAAGAACAAGGAAGAGGAAGUAGAGCGAAUGUCGGAGCUUGUAUGCAGUGUAAUAAAACAGGCUGCAGGCAGCAAUUUCACGUUACCUGCGCUCAAGCUCUUGGUUUACUGUGUGAAGAAGCUGGCAACUAUCUCGACAAUGUUAAAUAUUGUGGAUAUUGCCAACAUCACUAUUCAAAAUUGAAAAAAGGUGGUAACGUUAAAACUAUACCACCGUACAAGCCUAUACCUGCUGACAAUGGAUCGUCAGAUUCAUCUCCUGAAAAAGAAGCGGAAACUCCGAUAAAAUCGUCGUCAAGUAGUAAAAGGAAAGGAUCGAGUUCAAAAUCUACUACAAAUUCUAAAAAUAAGUCCAAUACUAGUCCCAACGUAGAAGUAAAUGGUGUUGCCGAUGACACCAAGAGUAGCAGCGGUCGUAACACUCCCAAAGACGGUUCUGCGAAUACCGGAAAAUUUACGACGUCAAAUUUUGUAGAAACUAUUGUUACGCAGUCAGAAAGCGUAUUUGGACACGAUGGGUCUGCUUCUGUAACAGCAGCGUCCGCUGUUACAGUUGCCAAUAUAAAAACAAGUUCUAAUUCGAACUUGAUUCAUAAAAACAGUAGUCAAACGAAAUCUAAUACGUCUCAAUCUAAUAAAGGUUCAAGUCAUACAAGUAAAAGAAGAAAGACAGGUGCACGUACACCAACUGUGAUAGGAAAUGAAAAUUCAAAUCAAUCUGUCAGUUCCGAGGCUAGUGGAUCUGUCGUAGUCGCUGUAAGUUCUGUAGUACAGCAAGCAGUUCCAAGUAAUAACGUACAACCUACUAUAACCGAAGCCACUAGUCUUAGUACCACCACGGAACCUGAAAGAGCAAAAAAGUUAAAAAUCGAUAGUCCGAUACAAUCGGCAUCAAGUACUCCAGUUACUACAGAAGCAACCACUACACCUGUGAUAAUGUCAGUAACGCAAUCUCAGUCAUCGACGUCUAUUCAAUCGCCGACAACUACAUCGAAUAGUAUAGUUGUUUCUGUUCCCUUAACUGCUACUUCUUUAUCCGGUGCAGUCCAAAGUGUAGUAACAAGCGCCCCUACGUUGUAUCAACAGUUACAGCAAAGUAUAAUUACUACAGCAGCUAAUACAGAACCAAGGUCUAGCAUCAUGCCGAGUACUGAGAGAUUUACAUUAGAGGAAGCACCUACUAAAAGAUCUCGAUCUCAGUCUUCGGACAAAGACAAGGUUCGUAAACCAAAACGUGGAUCGUCUAAUAGCCAGCCAGCAUUAGCACAAUCACAAUCACAACCACCGUCACAACCGCAAUCACAGCUGCCGAUAUCGUCGAUCGCAACAUCUGUUUCCAGUAGUGCAGUUGUUACAACUUCUAAACGAGGUGGAAGAAACAAUCAUCAAACACCUCCACCAUCCGUAUCAGUAGCACCUGUUCCAUCCAUAAUACAAGGUCCUUCAUUAGUAACUGGUGGUCACUUUAGCAGUAUUGGUUCGGUAGGCUCGAUGGGUCCUACUGUUAAAGAUUCGCCUCCUAGUAGUCCUGGUUCUGAAAGUAUGAGUAGCAGUGGACCUGGACGUCGCAAAAGGAAAAAUGCUUGUACCGCGUCUACGACGCCUACACCACCGGCAUCUAAUACACCUACGACUUUGACAAAUAGUACUAAAGAGGAAAAAGAUAUUAAGCUAUUUCAAAAUGGCGUUAGUGCGCCACAUAUGUUAGGAAAUCAAUUGAAUCCAACUUCAACAAUGGCACAAAAAAUGUCUGAUACAUUAUCCCAAGAAUUGGAAGCUCAUUCUAUUUUUACAGAAGCAAAUAAUUCUACAACUAAUUUAGUUGGCCCACAAUUGCACAGUCGUGUUAUAGCCUCCAUACGAUCCAAUCAAACAACUACGGCACCUACCUCUUUUUCAUCUGUAUUUUCAACAAACAGUAACACAAAUAUUAGUACUGCGAGUUCUGGAACGUUAGGUAGCGGAGCAAUCCCACAAACAUUAGAUCAGCUGUUAGAAAGACAAUGGGAGCAGGGCAGUCAAUUCUUAAUGGAGCAAGCGCAACAUUUUGACAUUGCAUCACUACUUUCAUGUCUUCAUCAGCUGAGAGCUGAAAAUCUCAGAUUGGAGGAACACGUAAAUAGUCUUUUACAAAGGAGAGAUCAUUUAUUAGCCGUGAAUGCGAGACUUGCAAUACCGUUAACGACUCAACCUAGUGCACAUCCAGUUAACAAUGUACAUCCUACGGUAAAUCCGUCUCAUCCUAAUGUCGCACAUCCAGAGGUACCACCAGGAGCAUCCGGAGCUGCUGUACCUAGAGUAAAUCGAGAACCUCGCGUGAAUAAUACAUACAUGCCUCAUUCUAGUUCCGUGAAUCAUCCGACAACGUUAGAAAAUGGAUUACCACCAGAUCCUUCGCCACCUGCAGCAGCAUCCCUAUCUCAGUAUCAACACAGAGGGUCUUUGGUUGCUCCACAACCAAGUCCUACAAUAAGACAUAGUCCAGCAGCUAGUGGAUAUUUACAAGGACAACAAAGUAACAUUGUAUCACCGGCUACAGCUAGUAACUCUGGAGUAGUAAGAAAUUCAUCAGUAACACCUGAUCCAUUACGUGGUGUACCACGAUCGGCACCCCAAUCAUCAAGUAAUUAUAUGCCAUCAAUGUAUCAACCAGCAAUGUCAAGUCUCACUAAUAAUCAAGUAGGUAGCGUUCAUAAUCUUCAUUCACAUGGACCUUCUCCGACUAACCAUGGGCCACCGGGUAAACCUAGCUGAAGGUAGAUGCAAUCACGAAAUAAACAAAAACAUUCGUCAUCCGUAAAACGUGAUAGAAGCAAAGGCUAGUUAUAUGUUCUAUCGUAUUUUAGUGCAUUGAGAAAUGAUUACGUUUAAUACACGAAUGUGUAUUUUGUUUUUAUUAACUGCCGAAUUUAAUUCAUUGAAACGCAUUAUCGAAAGUUUUACCCAUAAUUCUUGACUUUGCACAUGUUUGUCAGUCUCUACUCAAUUAUGCAAUAUAUCUAUUAUUAAUAUUUCAAAUUAUUAACUGCGCUCUAAUGAUGAUGAUGUUGAUGUUGAUGAUGAUGACGACGAUGAUGGGUAAAAUAAGAGAAAAUCAGAAGUGUGAUAUAUAUAUAUAUAUAUAUGUAUAUACAUAUAUAUACUUCCAUAUAUGUAUGUAUAUAUGUGUGUAUGUAUAUAUGAUGUGUUUAUGUAUGUAACAUACAUACGAAGUAAAUGAAAUUCGGAUUGCGAAAUAAUCCGUCUGGCGCAUUAUAUCUAUUAUAUUUUAUGAUUAUAAGUACUACUUUUUUCUUUUUUAAGUUUAUUUUUUGUCCACCAGUCGGAGACAAAUGCAAUGUUUUAAUACAUGCUUCCGACAUGGUAUUAGAAUUAUUUUCUUUUAAGUUAGACGAUUUAGCAGAACUGCAGGUUGAAGAUAUUCAUUGCAAUUCUGUAACAAUCAAGAAUUUAUAAAAUUUGAAAAUCCUUUUUAUCAGCGAAUAAUGGCAAUCAAGAAAAUUCGAGUAUAGAAAAAAAUAAGGAUAUGACUGAGAAUUAGUAUAUAAUUCAUUAAUCGAAAUUUUGUAAUCGGUAAAUUUUUUUUUUUUUUUUAUAUAUAUAUUUAUUAAGUAAAUACAUAUAUCUUUUUUAUUUUAAUUUUUUUUUUUUUUUUUUAAUUUUGUGGAUACAACAGUGCCUGCUUGGGGAAGUAGUAGUGAACACAACGAACGUUGAGUAGAGACAUUUCAAUCGUGACCAAAGAAUAAGAAUUAAUAGAAGAAUUUGCUAGGUGUUUAUUUGGUCAUUAUUUGAAAGAAAGGAAGAAAGAAAAAAAAAAAAAGAAAAGAGAAAAAAAAUAUCUACACAAAUAGUUGUCAAUGCAUACAGAUUUUUCUUUGUUUGUUUACGUGUCAAGCACAUACGAGACAAUCUCUGAGUGUUGACAUCAUAAAGGAUCAGCAAAUCCACAGAUGUACAAACGUGUAGACUGUAAGUUAAGCUACCGCGAUAAAUAGCAAUAAUAAACGA